CAUUUAACGACAUGUUUGGCUGUUUUAUUGAACAGAUGAAUUUCUUAUCGUGUCUCUUGUAAGGGAAUCAUGUUUUCAACGGACCUCAUAGUGUUAAAAAUAUGUGAAAAUGAUGUAGCUUCACACUAGUAAACAAGAAUUCAACAGUUAUGUGGUACAAGCUAUUGAUGUUGAUACAUUUAUGCGCAGCAUUUCCGCUGAAAUGUCCUGAAACAGCGCAAUGGGCACUCCGUGCAAAUAGUCUCUGUGCGGAUCCAUCAAAAUAUUUUUGUUUAAGGAAUGAUCUUAUCAACGGAUAUUCUGAAAACUGUACAAGGUCCGACUUUCAGCAACCAGGUAGAAAAGCAGUUCUUCGUGGGGGAAUAGAUGCAGAUAUAUGUUCUAAAGAAAGAUAUCAACCAUUCCCACUCAGGUUUUACACAAAUGUUAGUACACAUUGUUUAUUUUUUAAAUCAUUCUGCAAUGAGGAGGGUCAAGUUGUAUAUGACCGUGGAAACCGUAACACUGAUACUACAUGCAGAUGUGACUACAGACGAGGUUAUGAUUUCCUGGUUAAACCAAACAACCUAUGCUUUUGUAAACCACAACAUGAAGAUUGUUCCUGCUACUUGAAGACCUGUUCCAAUAAAAGAAAAAUAUUUUCACCGGAUUACGACUGCAUUGAUAAAAUGAACCGUACUGUGGUUACGCAAUGUCGACCAAUAACAGAUGACAAAGACACCAGUAGUGAAAGACCUGUUAACAUAGAUAUAAUUCCAUUGGAAGACAAUGUUUUUUUUCUAGUACCCUGGAAGAAAAAUGCAGCAAUGGUAGUAGUAGUUCUUAUAUUUUGUACACGUUUGGUCUUAAUGCUCGUUUUAUUUAGAACUUUGAUAAAAAGGUUGAUAUUGAGACAUUGUUGUAGAGUGUUUUUUAUCGAUGAUCAAGCAGGUGAAAUCAAACUAUACGAAGGAGAGGAGUUUUGUUUAAAAUACGUGACGUCACGUUGGAAAUACAUGUAUGAUGUAAAGAUCUACAAACAGUUACAGAACUCGAUUACUGUUCCUGUUCAUCAUUAUAAAAUCAAGAAAUAUGUGACAACUGAAGAUUCUGGAUGGUAUCAUGCAGAAUGUCAUGGCGUUAAAAGUCAAUAUACUUGGUUGACAGUUCAACCUUUAGAAAUUGAAAGCCCACCUCCAGAAGUUCUUGCAACUGAGGGUGAACCACUUACAUUACGUUAUAAACUCCCAGUAGAUAACGUCCGACUUCAUUUUUUCAAAAACAACUAUUACUUAGCGGAAACAGAAAAUAUAACAAAAAAGGUUGAUGGUGUUAUACAUUUGCUGAGAAUCAACUAUGUUUCAUUGAAAGACGAGGGUCAUUAUUGUGUAAAAUUGAACAUCGAUAAAAGCAUAGGCAAAGACACUAAGCUAACCAUACAGUCAAUGUUCACAUUGGAAUGUACAGAUACGACUUGUAUCGAAGGGGAUAAUUUGGAACUGAAAUUCUCACUUUUUUCGGAUAUACUUGAUGUUAGAUGGUUUAAAGACGGAAAUGAAGUAGAACGAAAUGAUAAUAUAUUAAUAGACCGGGAUGGAAGAGAUCAUACUUUAACAGUUCCACAUGCAAGUAUGAGUGAUGCUGGACAUUAUAGUAUUACGGCAGGGAAAGUGCAAAAACAAGUUAAAGUAGAUGUUAAAGCGUUGUUUAUACGUUCCCUGAAGAAUGAAAUGAUAAUGGAGGGCCUAGAAGUAAGUUUUGACUGCGAAGCAGAACAAUCGUAUACAGCAGUAUGGUAUAAAGACGGUCAUGAAGUAAAAUCUUCGUCCAAUAUUACAAUAGCGACGAUGCAAAACGGAAAAGUUCACAAGUUAAAUAUUCUAGUGACGACUAUCGAAGAUAAAGGAAAAUAUGAGAUAAAGAUGAAAGAUAUAUUAAAGGGUGCAGUUCUUGACGUAAAAGAAAUGCCAGAUGCUGUAAAAAAGAUGUCUAUGCAUGACAGAAGUAUGUUUUUGAAGGCAGCUAAAACUGGUAUCGCUGUAAGAUAUUACAUUAGAAUAAUGAUUGUUGGAGAAAAUGGUGUUGGUAAAACGUGUCUAUUAAGACGACUGCUGAAUGAAGACAUACAAAAUGUUGAAAGCACUGAUGGAAUUAAUAUUCAAGUAAGAAGAUGCAAAAUUGACUUACAGACAAAAGAAUGGACAAUUGCUUCAGGUAACGAAUCUUCAAUCAGUCAAUAUGAAACUGAGCAGUAUGCAGACUGUGGAUUUUGGGAUUUUGCAGGACAGAAAGAAUUCUAUGCCACUCACCAGACAUUUCUUAGUACUAAUGCAAUUUAUCUCCUUGUGGUAAACAUAUCUCAAGACUUUACAAAGAAAACCUACAAUGACAUGAUAGAAAACGAAUUCGACAGAACUGGAGCAUAUAUUGACUUUUGGUUGGAUAACAUUCACUGUCAUGCUAUCAAAGAUGACAAUAUAGCCUCAAUAACCCAGAUCGAUUUUCUGAACCCACCUGUAAUAAUAAUUGGUACUGGGGUCGACGAAAUACAGAAUGAAGAUAAGCUUCGUAAACAGAAGAAUAAACUCCAUGAACUACUUAAAGGUCAUUCAAAGCGUAAGCAUAUCCGCAAAACAUACUUCCUGUCAAAUAAACAUUUCUCGAAAUACGAAAAUGAAUUCAAAGAACUGCGAGAACAAAUUGUCCAAGUGGCAAGUAAUAUACCAAAAUGGGGAGAUGAUUUACCAACUAGAUGGAUAGUCCUAGAAAAAGAAAUCGAAAGACAAAUUGCUGUUGAAAACUUUAUCAUUCCAUACGAAGAAGCUGUGCAAUUUGCUGUAAAAUGUUCAUUCCCAAUCACAGAUUUGGAAGCUGAAUUGAAAUCCUUCCUUAAAUAUGAACAUGAAAUUGGAAAUUUGAUAUAUUUUGAUGAUAUUAGAAGUUACAUUAUAUUAGAGCCAAAAUGGUUAGUUGAUGUAUUAAGAUGCUUUGUAUCUCCGUUACAAUUUCAAUCGGAGUUUGUAAAUAUGACUGAAUGGGAAGCACUACAGUCAACGGGUUUCUUGUCCGACAAGUUGAUAAAAAAAUUGUUCGACAAAAUACCAAAACUUAAUUCGGAUAAACACACAAAGUUUGCUUUACAAAUUAUGGAAAAAUUUGAUAUUAUAGUUAAACCCACCACGAUUGAGGGAAGUGAAGAUUACUACAUACCUUGUAUGAUUAAUGUGUCAAACUUUGAUAGUAUUUCAAAAAUGUUCAAAUUAGCCAGCAAAACUUGUUCAAGAAGCUCUUGGUUUUGUCUUGAGUUUAAUUUUUUGCCACCAGCAUUUUUUAAUCACAUUUUAGUUACUUUCGUUAAAAAAUAUCCUUUGUAUGAAGAAAAUAAAAAGCUGUCACUUUAUCGAGGUAUGGGUAUUUUCAACUUAGACGCCGAGAGUUACCAGCCAAAGUUUAGUGUUUGUCUAUCACAGAAUUGUGUUGCAAUGCAAGUGUGGGAAUUUCAUCCUAAAGAGCAGCAGACAUGCGUUGGUAACUAUAGUCAAAUUAGGAAAUACCUGGUAGACACUGUCCAUUUACUUCAACAAAGAUACAGGAUAAACAUUAACUGUACGGCUCAUUUGAAAUGUUCUGAAGAAAUGUAUAAUGAAAAAACUCAAACUGUUUCAUGUGAUGCUGAUUCGACAAAAAGCACACAAUACUGCUCUCAUCACGGUUGCCAUACACUGGAAAACCUACGUAGGAAUUGGUUUCAGGAUGAAGAAAAGGCUUUUACCAGCAAAAAAAACAACAUUCCAGUAAAAUGUCAUUAUUGUGAGAAGAUGCCUGUGUACAGAUGUUAUGAAUGCAGUAACGUUUUAUGUGAUGAUUGUUAUCUAAAGCAUGACAAAUUAACUAAAACAACAAAACAUCACACAUUUCAAUCUACCAACGAUAAAAUGCUACUGAAUAAUAAAGUCGAGGUUUUUGCUAAUAUAGCUGAUAUAAAAGCACUACCGGGAGGAUUAUUAGUGUUUGCUUUGUUUUAUAGUAACAAGUUACAAACAUAUUCAGUCAGCGAUAAGCAACGAAAUGAAAUAAGCGUAGGUGGAAGACCACGUAGUAUUGCAAUAUUAGACAGAAAUACUGUCGUUGUUCUGUCAUCACCUAUUCAUUUUUUAGGAACGAUUAACUCAAUAGAAAUAGUUGAUAUAAGACAAAGACAGGUGAUUCAACAUGUAGACUUGACACUUGAUCUUCUAUACUACCCAUUCUGUUCAAUGUUAUACAUUGAUGAUCAACUUUAUAUCAGUAACCAUUCAGGAAUAACAGUGACGGAUAUAUCUGGGACAACAGACAGGGAAAUAGAGUUAGGAUUCACACCAAGAGAUAUGUGCUAUGAUACUAAGGCAACACGUAUUUACUGUAUUGACGGUUCAGAGAACAAACUGAUUUGUAUUGAUAGAGAUGGUAACACAAUAUUUACAUUUACCGAUACUGGUCUAACAAAUGCAGAACAUCUUGCCAUAGACAAUGAAGGUUAUGUACUUAUUUUGUGUCUUGAUGAUAAUGUAAACGAAUUCAAAGUUCACAGGAUAUGUCCCGACGGAAAGUCUAGUGAGGUAAUUAUAACAGGGACAUACAAUGACACAUAUAGAUAUUGUCUUUCAAGUAUUUGUUUUCAGGAAGAGUCAGAUGAAGUGGUCAUUGGAAUAGAAAAAAAAGUAUACACUUACAAAAAUAAUGAGAGAAUUAAACCUAAAGUAUUUGAGUGAGACACACAAUGUCGUUUCUCCCACACAUUACACAUGUAUGUCAGACAUAUACAUAGGAAUCAUUGUGUGAUUAUACAUGUAUGUGUAUAUAUAUUGUAUGUACUGAGCAAAAUAAACAUGAGAUAUUCCUGUCAACAUGGUCAAUGCGGAUUGAACGCUUCCAAAUCGACCAACUAUGAAACACGUUUUAUUAGGAUCAUUUACAAGCCCAAACUCAAUCUCCAGCACAGUUGACUUAGGGUAUUGAACUUUAAGUAUAUAAAGACCCUUAAGUCUUAUCUCUUCCGUGGAUAAACAAAUAUAGUUCACCGUACGGACUUCAACAACGAGCAAAACCCAUACCCCAAUUAAGACAGGUUUGUUUUAUUGGUUUGCCCAGUUUAGAUUUUCUAGGUUUUCCAUUCUUUAACGCGUUUAAUUGUCUUAACUGGUUGAAGAUUUUAAUGCACAUGGAAAAUUCUUCGAUCAGUUUAUAUGUUUAUACAGUUUAAAUUUUAAGUGCUAUAUUUAUUUUAAGGAUGUGCUUAGGUGAAAUUAAAAAAAUCUAGAAUUUAAAAUUGAUACUAUAAGUCAGAAGAGUAUAAUUUUGUUAAGGAACAAAAUAAGCUUAAAAUAUUGAUAGGUUAUGGAGCUCCCUUUCGAGAUAUUUGAUUUUUUUUAAAUGGCGGAAAAGGCUGACUCGGACUUUUACCUUAUAUUUGUAUUGGUAUUAUUUGGGUCUCAAAUCGAAAGAAAACAAAUCUAGAAUCUGCUUAAAUUUUGGUAAAUGACCUUUUAUUGAAGUCUUAUAUGACAAGAAAAAUGGGUGUUAUGGGGCAAAAUAUUUUACCCUGUAUCGUAAGAAAAAAACCAAGGAGUCCGAACAUCUGACAAAAAAUCCUAAACCUGACCUAAGGUUAAUUUUUUUUUUCUGUAUUUUAAAUCUGAACGGCUACAUUUUUAUAUAUACUUAGUAUUUUACAGACUUAGUUUCCAAGGUUGAUGUUUUCAUGAGCUAGUCUUUUUUUAAAUAAUAAUCAUUAUUAAUGUCUUUCUAAGUUUAAAUUUUUUGGGGAAGAAUCUGACGCUUUAACGAAAAGAGUUCGAGAAAUAUUGUACAAUUAAGUAUUUCCCUUCGUCAUGUUCAUGUAAAUAGUUACGUUUAUUUUUUUUUUAUAUUUUCACAAUUUGUAGGGGUUUUUUUUUUUGUGUGUGUUGUAUUUACCAUUUAUAUUAACGAUGUAUAUGCUAUGUAAACAGUUUUUAAAUCAAAAUGUUUUUUUUUUUAUUUUAUUGAAAUAUCAUAUAAACGUAAUACGGAAGUCUUGGAGUGACAUGCAAAAAUAAAAUUACAACUCGUGCGCUCGAGUAACACAACUUGUGUGCACGAGUUACUAACUUGUGCGCACGAGUUAUACGUAUUCUAAUUGAAAUGCGCACAUUUGCUUAGAAGUCUAAUAAAUUCCUGCUUAGACAGGGCGCUGAAAAACGUCCAUUUUUCAUUUUUCAAAAUUAAAUAAUGAAUAGUAAAGUUAAUGAAUAACGAAAUAGUUUAUAUUUCAAUAUUCUAGUUGAAAAGUGAACAAUGAACUAGAUCAUUUAUUAUUAGACUGUGGAACUAUCCUGUAAUUGUGAAUUCUCUAGGUUUUUUUUAUGUCAAUCUACAUAUUUUCAAAUUUAUUUAUAAAAACAUAUUUGCAAACUA